AUGGCUGCAUCGUACACAUUAUUUCCCAAAUUGUCAAAUACGAAUUACUAUGUUUGGAAAUUUAACAUCGAGUUGCUGCUGCUGGUGAGGGAAUUGUGGGAUGUUGUUGUUGCUGUGGAGGAAUCACAGAAAAUACUCAUAAAGGAACUAAAGGCGGCGAAAGCUUUCUGGGACGCCUUGAAGAAACAUCACGAGAAAUCAAACAUUACCAACAAAGUUAGUCUGCUUCGCCAAAUGCCGUCGAAGAGGCUGGUUAGUGGUGAAUGUAUGGAAGACCACAUUCAUGAAUUUUUAUCAAUUGUGGACCGUUUGCGUGAUUUGAGCGAGAAGGUCGAAGAACACAAAGCUGUUGCAUUUUUACUGGGCACUUUGCCGGAUGAUUACAACCACCUAAUUUCAUUAUUAGAAAUGCGCUCAGAAGAAGAUCUGACGCUAGAUUUGGUGAAGAAGAAGUUGCUACAGGAGUUCAAGAGAAAUAUGGCAGCUGAAAUAUUGUUAAAGAUGGCAACAAAAAUCUUUGUUUUGGCAUCACAAAUGUAA